AUGCUUUCUGGAAAGCAUGUCACUCUACAAGUCCGCCAAACUGCUACAGUGUUGCUUUCCUUAUUGCACCAGUUUAAUCAUGGAUACAUCAGAUUUCUUCUUCUAUUUCUAGCAAAAGUUUUUCAUUAUGGUUCCAUAAGCCUGAUUACGGAGCCAUGCAAAUCAGCCCAUAUUGCAGCUGCAACAGCUGCGAAAGAUGCUGGUGUGAUCUUGUCAUAUGAUCCCAAUUUGAGGCUUCAAUUGUGGCCAUCUGCAGAAAGUGCUAGAGAAGGAAUCCUUAGCAUAUGGGAAACUGCUGAUAUAAUUAAGAUAAGUGAAGAAGAGAUUUCAUUUUUGACACAAGGAGAAGAUCCUUAUGAUGAUAAUGUUGUUCGGAAGUUAUACCAUCCAAACCUCAAGUUACUCCUCGUCACAGAAGGCUCAGAAGGUUGCCGAUAUUACACUAAGGUGAGCUUCUAAGAUGUGGAAAAUUUC